UCCCUGAUUUCAAGAUCAGCCUCUCUCGCUCAGUAUUUCAAGCUCUUUCGCCUCCUAAAGGUUCAUUCCGUCCGGUGUUUCCUCGCACGGCUUUUGUUCUUAAUCGGUCGGUCGACUGCCACAGUUAUCCCGAAUCUGCUUUUAUUAUUCUGUUUAUCUCAGAGAGAAAAAGUUACAAAGUGCAAUGAACUCCAUCAUCAGAUCUGCGUUUGUGGGAAGUCGAGGGCUGUGGUGUCCCGCGCUGAUUGCUGUCAGAGCGAUGUCUGCCUCAGGAGGCCCCACCCCACCUUUCACCACCCUGGCAAUCAGCCAACCAGCCACUCAUGUCACCCACGUGGAGCUGCACCGUCCAAAGGAGCGCAACACCAUGAACCGGGCCUUCUGGAGUGAGAUGGUCGACUGCUUUAAUCAGAUCGCUCAAGACCCAGAGUGCCGUGUGGUCAUUUUCUCAGGUGCCGGGAAGCUUUUCACUGCAGGUAUUGACCUUAUGGACAUGGCCGGUGGCCUGCGGCCUGAAGGAGACGACACCGCCAGGAUAUCAUGGAAACUUCGCCAGACCAUUUCCAAAUACCAGGAAACCUUCUCGGUCCUCGAAAAGUGUCCGAAGCCCGUGGUGGCCGCGGUGCACGGAGCGUGUGUUGGAGCAGGAAUGGAUCUGAUCACCGCCUGUGAUAUUCGUCUCUGCACACAGGACGCCUGGUUUCAAGUGAAGGAGGUAGACAUCGGCUUGGCGGCAGAUGUUGGAACUUUGCAGCGUCUUCCAAGAGUGAUCGGCAGUGGAAGCUUGGUGAAUGAAUUGGCUCUCACUGCGAGGAAAAUGAACUCCGAUGAAGCCAAGAGUUCCGGCCUGGUCAGUCGUGUGUUCCCUGAUAAAGAGACCCUGAUGGCGGGAGCAAUGGAGGUCGCAGGAGAGAUCGCAUGCCGGAGCCCCGUUGCUGUCCAAAGCACCAAAAUCAACCUUAUCUUCUCCCGAGACCACAGUGUGAAGGAGGGCCUGGAUUUCGCGGCUACGUGGAACAUGAGCAUGCUGCAGACUGAUGAUCUCAUGAAGUCAGCUCAGGCAGCUUUGGAGAAGAAGAGUCUCAAAGAAGUUCCCUUCUCCAAGCUCUGAGGCGAGAAGAUCCGGUUCAGACGGUCUCUUCAAGUUCAACGAAGGCUUCCUGUUGACUCGGAUCUGAUCCACAAAGUUUCAGCAUCAAGAUUUCUUCAGUUCUUCAUGGCAAUUAUAAUAACACUCUAUUAUUCUAACAAUCCUGAAGCUGGUCUAAACUGUGUUGCCUUAACAUGGACUGAUUAUCAGCUGAUGCUGCAGUGAUGAUUAGAGGAGGAUUUUUUGAGAGGAGAAAUGUCUGCAGCGCAAUUGACCUGAUUACUGUCUGAUGUUUGAUUUUUGCUGUUAAAACAUUAAAAUUUCUGCUUUAAACAUUUAA